AAUCCACUGCUUUUUUGUUUUUUCUAGUGAUGAUUCCUGCUGAACAUGUUCCCUGUUCAUCAGGAACUGAAGCUUCAGUUUGAGUAGUGUGCCAAUGAACAUGGAUCAUGGAGGGGCACCAUCAAAGCUUGAAGAUUCGGUUAUAGAUGAUUCAGUUAAGAACCGAAGAACAUGCCCACACACUCACAAGUCUGCUCAUGCUUCAGUGAAACUCCAGAGACCAUCAGGAAACCGAGUGGCGGUUAGAAAGUACCGAGAGAAGAAGAAAGCACAAAACGCUUACUUAGAGCAAGAGGUUAAGAAACUGCGGCUUGUGAAUCGAGCAUUGAUUCGAAAACUGCAGCUGCAGGCUGCUCUUGGAGCAGAAGCUGUGAGGCUUAGAAAGUUGUUGAUGGAUUUGAAAUCUCGGAUUGGUAACGAGCUGGGGGUUUCUCGAGUUUACAAGCAGAGCUGCAAUGGUAGCUCUGACGGUUGCAUCCGUAGUGACUGAUCCAUGGAUACUCAGGUCUUAAUAUGGAUAUAAAACACUGGCCAUUGGUGCAUGUAUGUAAAAAUAAAUUCACAAUAUUAUUUCCAUUUUUGUUUAAUUGAUUUGAAAGUUAUUGUCUUGUUUUUUGAGUUAUUAAGUAAC